CGGGGGGCGGGGAGGCGGCCGCACGCGCUCUCGCUGCCGGCGGCCUGCGCGGGCUCCUCACCCCCAGCGCGGGGGGAGCGCGCGGCGGGAGGCGGCCGCAGCCAGGCGAGGCGAUGGAGCCCUGACGCCUGCCAUGGAGAGGAAGCCGGGCGGCGAGGAUGACUGCGUGGACUCGGGAGCCGAGACGGGAGGCUUGGGUCAUGCAGAGAGACAUAGUGUUGUGCAUGUGUACAACAGAUGCUUCCUUUCCAGCUAUGAAGGAGUCGGAGGAGUCAAGAGCAUUCCUGUUUCUCACCUUGGUCCCUGGCCGCAUACAGGAGUCUGGGGAGUAAAGAAGGGGGCUUUCUCUCUCCCACACCAGUCAUGGAUUCAAAUUGCUUCUGAGUCCCAUGAUGAGAUUCAGGAAAAGAGGAGGCACCUUGACCUCAACCGGUGCUGGUGGAUUAUACCCUCUGUAAUAUCUGAGUACAGCUGCAUGUCCUCUACAAGCACAACCGCAUUGAGGACCCAUGCUGUAAAUCCAAAAACAAGUGAACUUUCUGUGGAAGACAAUCAGGACCCUUUCCUUGUUAGUAUACAUAUAAUCACAGACCCUGGUGAAUCCAAAGUUCUCCAGCAAGCCAUCUAUAAACUGUUAGCAUGGAUCCAUCCAGACCUCCAGUUGUUCCGAGUCUCAGAAAGACGGGUCUCGAGGAAGCACAGGAAGUCUGGUAAGGCUGCUGUUUCUCAGCCAGCCCUUGCAGUCAUUCUGUUUCUGCAGGAGGAAUAUAGAGAAGAACCAAUCUUACAGCUCCAUGAAACCUUUCAGAGACCACCUUGGCAUUACCACCAUACAGAACGAGUGCAUAGCAAGUUCCUCCCUUACAUGCCAUGCAGUCAGGACUUCUUCACUUUGGCCCAUGGGACCCCUUUGUGGGCCAUCCGACCAGUGCAUUAUGGAAGAGAAAUUAUCCGCUUUGCCAUAUACUGCAGGAAUGAAAACUUUGUUGACAUUAUGAAACUGUACCAGUUAAUCCUGAAAAGACCGGCGUAUCAGAAAAAGGCAGAUUUUUGUGUCUUUCCUGUCUAUUCUAACAUGGAUAUAGACAUUCAGUUCUCUUUAAAAAGACUCCCUAAGGGCCAGAUUCCAACCCCUACAGAGUCAGCGGUGCUGGAAUUCCGAGUAGAAGAUGUUGGACAGCUUGUUCCUCUCUUGCCCAGUCCUUGUAGCCCAAUCAGUGAAGGCAGGUGGCAAACAGAAGACCAUGAUGGGAAUAAGAUCCUUUUGCAGCAGGCACGUAUUUGGUAUAGGAAGUCUGCUAAGCAGAACGAGCUUCAUUUUCCAUCUUCAAGGGAUUCCUGUUUCACGCCUUCACCAAGCUAUAUUCCUCACAGUCACAGACCUGCCCCUGAUCAAAUUAGUGAGCAUCUGAAGUCAGCUGGUCAAAUCAAGCUGCAUCGGGCAAAUGGCCUUGGUCAGUACCUUGGUGUCUCCCAGCAGGACUUGAGAAAUGGUGACCGAGGAGACUUCACCCGAAGAUCCAGUAGUGCCUCCAGUAUUUCAUGGUCAUUUCAGCGAAGCAAGUCUCUGUUCUGCUUGCCCACAACAAGCUCCUUUCCAGGCUCUGACUCCUUUCACUUUAGUGAACCAUUCCAGAUUUUAAAUACUGGGUCACCUGUGAACAGGUUAAAAACAUGGAGAUGCAGCCCCAAGCUUAACAUUGAGGACUUGGAGGGUUCACAGGAGACUGAUGUUGACACAGGGAUGAAGCUGUCCUUCUCAGAUCUGUCCGUGGUCUCAGCCUACUCUACCUUUAAUGGAUUUUGCAGUGAUUUGGAAGCCUCUCUUCCCUCACAAAGGCAGUGUGUCAGUAGAUCUAAACGGGCUGUCUCCAGGAGAAGGCCGUUGUCAGCCAUGUGCAGUACUGUUGAGCUCCCUAGUAGUUCACUUCUGUCUCUCUCAGAGUGGUCUUCCAGUUCUUUCUUGUCAUCUUCAGCAUCCCCCUUAGCAUCUCACUGUCAACUCAGACAGUCACCAAGAGCAACCCCUUGUUCUCUGAAUGCUAGGAAAACACCUGGCAGCAUUCAGCCAGGCUCUUCAACCAACGAGGAGGAAUUCUACAUCUGAGCUUUCUCCAUGCUGAACCUUUUAAUGUAAAUUUGUGCAUAUGUGAAUUACAGUAGUGCAUUUCCACUAUCUGAGCCAUCUGGGCUGGCAAGUUCCUUGCUCCUUCUUGAGGGGAAGGUGUUACACCACUGUGUGCUAAAUGUUGUAAAAGGUUCCCCCACAUUAUUGUAAUGGGUGCCUCAUAAAUGUGUAUUAUAAUAUCAGGUGAGAUUAUGUCCACUGGAUUCAUGCGCGGGGAUCCUCGAUGUGUAGAUCUGUCUAUAGCUGUGCGGAUAGGGGAUUUGUGCUCCGUGUCCUUUAGUUUUGGCGAAAGGGGUUUGGGAGACUGACCCUUAGCACGUAGAGCAGGAAGUGCCUAGGGGUGCACAUGGUAACCCACCUUCCCCUGACAAGUAGCUGUAAAGAUGCUGAAAGGAAAAUACAACCUCAAGCUGCACUAACUUUCCUGAGAAGCUCUCUCCACAUUGGCAAACCCUUCCCCACCUCCUUUAUGAGGUUCCAGAGGCAGCUAUCAAAAGGGCAGACCCUAGUAGCAUGGCUCUAGUGGAGCCAGACAAGGAGGCUGAGGGCCCCAGGACCAGUGUAGAGGCACAGGCCUCCAGCUGAUCUUUGAAAAUCUGCAGAUUUGGGGAGAAAACGUCCUGUUUGUUCCAUGUGGAAGAAGGAAUCCGCACCACAUCCCCAAUCUGAGGGACUGGUUUGGGGAAAAUGCCAUGAGGGGACCAGCUUUUUUCCCCACCUCAUACGGGAAGGGAGCAGGGUGACCCACUGUUAGAAGUGCACUGCAGGCUCCCUAUUAUUAGGGGUUUGUUAUUUUGGUUGUAAAAAAUUCACCUCAUACAUAAAGUUAAUAUUGGUGGUCGCAGCCCAAUUUCUGUGUAAAACAAAUUUCUUGCCAAACUUUUGUCAGAAUUUUUAAUUUAUCUGAAGGGAAAAACAUGUAGAAUUGUACUGGCCUUUUUAUCAAGUUACAUUUUUGGCAAGUUGUUACAGUGGCAAGCUAUCCUGGUGUAAUUACUUUUGGUAUUUUGGAAAAACAUUUAAAUGGAGAAGCCAUUAGUCUGAGAAAUGACUAAGUACCUUUAUGCGGGUUUUUACCAUCUAUUUCAAACUGUUCUGACAAUAUAUCUCUGUGUUAAACAGUACUGAUGCUGACUGCUGCUCUGGUCUAGGCACUAAGAACAUUACCUGGUUUAAAGUAGUGUAUACAAAUCUGUAUUGAAUCAAUAGACAGGUAUAGCUGCAGAAGAUCCACUCUGAUCAGUCAGUAAAUAAGCCUAGGGAGGAAAAAGGAUCUUUUAUGUAUUACUCGCAGCCUUACUCACAACAAUACUAUUCGUUUUAAAACAGUCUAAAUAAAUAGUUACAUAAGAGAGUGGAACAGCUCCAAAAAUCUCCAUUCUAACCCCCAACUAAAUAUACAGUUUAUACCAUUCCACAAACCAUCCUUAAAAAACAUGAAGUCUGCAAGAAAUAAAUAUAAAAUCAUUCUGUUUAAACACCAUUAAAGUUGUAACCCAAAUCCACAAAAGGCAGGAAAUUGACAGUAAAGGCUUGCAGGAAUUGGCAGUCAAUUCACUGGCCCUCCUUUAUGCUGUUCAGAAUUUUUUGCCCCCCUUUUUUUUUCCCCCUCACUGUGAUAGAGAAUGGUGCAUCUGCCUCAUCUAUGAGUUUCCUGCUUGUUGUCAGCUACUGAGACAACAUGAAUUGCAUGGAAACCUUGUCUUCUGUAUUAACUAUAAAAAUUGGAUUGUAUUUCAGAUCUGGACACCCAGCUGAAUAUUAGCACUUUCCCCACCACUACCACCCAGAGUUGUUUGGCUUCACUCCAACUUUUGAUAAAUGACCCUGUCCAGAGAUGCUUGGAAGCAGAAACACCAUGAAUGAGGGAUUUAACAUGGUGGUUGAAUGUUUACCAACUAUCGGCCUGCUCCAAAGCCCAUCAAAGUCAAUGGGAGUCUGGGGGUUUAGGUGAGACUUCAGGGUAUGUCUAAAAAACCUGCAGCAUCAAGUCUCAGAGGCUGGGUCGGCUGACUUGGGCUUAUGGGGCUCGGGCUGUGGAGCUAAAAAUUACAGUGUAAACAUUCAGACUUCGGCUGGAGCCCAGGCUCUGAGACCUUUCUCCUUUUUAGGGUCUCAGAACUCUUAGAGCACAGUAGGCCUGAUUCUCCACUGUCAUGGGCCAUAAGUAAUUAUUUACAGCUGGGCAAAAUAUGUGUAGAACACCACCAGGUCAGAAUGGUAGCAUUUUGCACUCUUUUGGCAAAUGACUAUGCAAGGUGCAAGGCAGUGAAGAAUCAGGCCCAAUAGGUUUAGACCAGGGGUGGGCAAACUAAGGCCCGCAGUCCAGAUCCGGCUCACGAGCCAUUUUAAGCUGACCUGCGAGCUCCCACUGGGACUUGCCCCACUCCAGCCGGGGUACUGGGUUGGGGGCCACUCCACACGGCUCCCAGAAGCUGCAGCAUGGCCCCGCUCCAGCUCCUAAGUGCUCCAAUGGGAGCUUCAGGGGUGGUGCCUGCAGAUGGGCAGCGUGCAGAGCUGCCUGGCCGCGCCUCCAUGUUGGAGCCAGAGAAGGGCCACUCAGAGCCUGCACCCCGAGCUUCUCCCUAUGCCCCAGCCCGCUGCCCCAGCCCUGAUGCUCCUCCUGUCCUCCAAACCCCUCGGUCCCAGCCCAGAGCACCCUCCUACACCCCAAACUCCUCAUCCACAACCUCACCCCAGAGCCUGCACCCCCAACCAGAGCCCGCACUCCCUCCUGCACCCCAACCCCAAUUUUGUGAGCAUUCAUGGACUGCCAUAAGACUUCUAUUCCCCAAUGUGGCCCUCAGGCCAAAAAGUUUUCCCACCCCUGGUUUAGACUAAUGGCACAAUAUUCUUCUCUAAAAUUUGUGGUGGCACAAAGAUAAAUGAUGAAAUAACAUUAAUGUUGGUAAAAUGGCUUCAUAGCCACUUUCAGAUAUGACAAUAAACAGGAAAGAAUUGGCUAAACCUUGUCAAAAAAAGUGUUUUAUCAUUCAUUGUUGGGGAAAAAGCAUAUUUAUAAUAUUUAUAAUACUUAUAAAAAGUCGUCAGAACAUGGAAUCAAAAGAUCUUCAGAGAACUGACUUCAGCUGACAUGUCUAUUUGUUCCUGGAACCAUGUCAGUAUUCAGACUCCUGAAGGAAGCUGUCUUGUUCUGCUACUGAAGAGAAGACUUUGAAAUAUCUGUCAACCAAUAGUGUGCCUUAUGACUGGACUUCAGCGUAGUUGAAAGCAAUAGCCUGGCUUUAUCAGAAGUACUGAUGAUGUUGAAAGGCUGGAAAUUAGCACGAGAUAGCAAAUUACCAAGUAGCAACUAAUAUGGUGUAAAUAUACAGGAAUGGGAACAUCUAAACUCCAGACUGUAUCACGUAAACCAAUAUGGGAAGGAAGCCAAAUUAAAUUCAACAGACUCAGAAGAGAGAAUUUAUAUUUUUCAGAUGGUUCUGUUCUUCCAAGUAUUUCUACACUGUUUACUGAUAUUUAACUAGAAAAUAAUGUUUUAUUUUUUUAAGUUCUAUAUGAAUAAUUCAUGGGGUGUGUAACAAAAUUUUGGAAUCAUAGAAUGCUCCACUGAGAGGAAAUGUAAUAAUAAUAUUGUACUGGAACCUUUUAUGUUAUAAUAAUAAAAGUCAGCUUUUGAAGAGUGUUUCAAUUAAAAUAAGUGUUAUUAGUUCCCUUUUCUAUAAUUUAAAAGGGAGUUGAACUUAUCCAGAUGACUGGAGAUGCACAAGGUUCGUGUUACGGCAUUUUGCUUAUGUAUCAUAUCACUGUUGUAUUAUGAACGUUGCAGAUUUGCCCUUAACUACUACUCUUCUCCCAUGCCAGCAUGUUGCUUUUAUCAAAUAAAAUAGUCAGAAAGUUAAUUGUA